CUGGAACGAGGUGCCGGCGCAAGUCAUGGCAUGCGAGGAGCUACGACGUCUUCGGUCAUCAGUUAGGGCUCCCAGAAUCUUUUAUGCUUGCGAGAUGGGGCAAGUAGGAGUUCGGUAUGACUUUGAAGUCAACUAUAAAUCGUAUAUCUCAUGGAGUACGUUCCGGGCAAGACGGCAGGCGAAUGGCUGGACAGCAUCAAGAACGAAGACUCCCCUGGCAGGGAUUCCAUAUAUCGCCAGAUUGCCUUUGCUCUUUCCGAACUCCACCGCAUCCCCGUACCUCCAGAGUCUCGUCCAGCCGCCGCCGGUGGUGGAAGAAUUCGCCAUUCCCUUUUCGAUCUUCAAGAGGCUCCGCGCCACUACCAGAACGUGACGCAACUGGAGGACCACCUCAACCUGUUCCUCACGAUCACGAAGCGGAAGCACCGGGUCCAAGAUCUCUCACGAGAGCCCAUGGUCUUUUGUUAUUCUGACGUGUGGCUCGGCAACUUCACCAUUGACGAGGAUGGCCGGCUCACCGUGAUAGACUUUGCCGAUUCGAGCAUCCUGCUGUCAAGCUUCUCCAAGUUCGUACUCUUGGACUGGGAGAAGAUCAAGCGCGACAUAAGUGCUCUGGUAAAAGUGCCCACGACCGACGGCGUUGACAAUACCCUCGCGCUAUGCACCGCGGCGGGUCCUAUGGUCAUGGGCCCGAGUUCGUUCGUGACCACGGGCCGCCGAAUACUGGGCGGGGAGAUGGAGAUGAAGCCGGUCUGAG